UAUGAUGCGAUUGUGUACCUUUGCCGUCUCAAAGUAAUUGGUAGAGUUGUCUGCUGCCGGUGCGUAGAAAAAUAAAAUAGAUAAAACCAAGGGGGUGGCUGGAGAAACUGUCAGGAAUAUGUUGAUUGUAAUUACGUAGUACGCGAAGUAUGCCGAUGACAGCAGCAUGUGGAAACCUGACCAGCUUCACCAUUUGUGGAUAUCUGUUCUCAGGCGCUGGGCCAUAACAAUCUGCUCUUCUCGUUUUGAAGUCCCUUAUAAAUAGUUGACAAAUGACUUCAUUUGCAAAAACAAUAUUACGUUACUACACACUGCAUUCAGGAAGAUUGGCUAUAACAUUUUGUGGCUGCCAAGCGCAAGACAGAGCAGUAACCAGAAUUGUUAAGCAGAGUUCACUUGUAAACAGAAGAUUUUAUAGUAAUGAAGAGAAAAAGAAGUCGUCACUUACUGUCAAGAGGAAAGAUGAAGUUGGAGCACCAAAAACACUUGAAAAUGUGAAAGAAGCAACAAAAACUGUUUCCUAUAUGGGAAUCAUUCUUGCUGGUUUGGGAUUAACAGGUGUCAUGUUUUAUACAGUGUUCAAGGAAUUAUUUUCUAGUAAAAGCCCAAAUAGUGUUUACUCAAAAACUUUAGAGAGAUGUAUUGAAGAUCCUCGUAUUAUAAAUGCUCUUGGUGAACCAAUUAAGGGUUUCGGCGAACAAACAAGAAGAGGCAGAAGACGACAUGUCAGCCACCUGUUCUACGAACGAGAUGGAAUCAACCACCUAAGAAUGAAAUUUUAUAUUCAAGGCAGCAUGAGACGUGGAACAGUGCACUUAGAAAUGAGAGAGAAUGAUAAGAAGGAGUUUGAAUACAGGUAUUUAUUCGUACAGAUGGAUGAUUUUCCAAGAGAAACAAUAAUUCUUGAAGACAAUAGAUAUGAUGUGCCAUCGCCAGUUGAAAAGCCAUUUGACAAUCUGCUUGUGUAAAGCAGUUAAUUGAUUUCCUUGUGCUGUCAGGAUCUCUUUUGUGUGGGUAUAUUUUAUACAAGAAUGCGUAGAAUGCUUUAUACAAAUAAGGUAAUCAUUGUCGGGAAUAAUUUAACUCAAUUGAUGCAGCAGAUAUAUUUUGAAAGAACAUCUUAUGUCGAUCAUGUAUAAUACUUUGUAAUUAAUAUUUUUCUUUUUUGGAUAUUUUUAACUCUUCUAUACAAUAUAAGAUUGUGGAGACUGAAUUGUGCAAAUAGCACAUAUACAAGUCAUGUACAAAACAAACACAGUACCUUUACAAUAUUGUGAUGUCAAGCUUCAAUGAGUAAUUAAUAUCUUUAGAAUCCUUUUACUGAAAAAGAAAAUUUAUAAUAAAAAUUGAGAACAAUU